GUGUGGUUUUGCGCUUCUGUAGAUGAAUUCGCUGUCAAUGGCCCACUGGUGGACCUGUUUUCUAUGAAUGCCUUGGCUUCUUACAGCCAAAAUGCCAAGUAUUUCAGUUGUUAUGGAUAUGUUAUAUUUUGUAUGGAUAUUUCCAAUGGUUGGGGCUGUCGAAGAAAUACUCAUGGACUCUACGACGGCAACAGCAGAGCUGGGAUGGACUAUCUACCCAGCAUUGGGGUGGGAGGAGGUGAGUGGAUACGACGAAAACAUGAACACCAUCCGCACUUACCAGGUGUGCAAUGUCUUUGACAACAACCAGAACAACUGGGUACGCACCAAGUACAUCAGCCGGCGAGGGGCCCAGCGCAUCCACGUGGAGAUGAAGUUCUCGGUGCGGGACUGCAGCUCCAUCCCCAGCGUCCCCGGCUCCUGUAAGGAGACCUUUAACCUUUACUACUACGAGACGGACUCAGACACGGCCAAUAAGGUGUCCCCUGCCUGGAUGGAAAACCCCUGGAUCAAGGUCGACACCAUCGCAGCCGACGAGAGCUUCUCCCAGGUGGAUCUGGGCGUCCGAGUGAUGAAAAUCAACACGGAGGUACGAAGCUUCGGCCCUGUGUCACGCCAAGGCUUCUAUCUGGCCUUCCAGGACUAUGGUGGCUGCAUGUCGCUGAUCGCCGUGCGCAUCUUCUACAGGAAGUGCCCCCGCGUGGUCCUGAACGGCGCCGUGUUCCCCGAGACCCUGUCAGGGGCGGAGAGCACCUCCCUGGUGGCAGCACGGGGUGUGUGCGUGCCCAACGGGGAGGAGGUGGACGUGCCCAUCAAGCUCUACUGUAACGGGGACGGGGAGUGGAUGGUGCCCAUCGGGCGCUGCAUGUGCAAGGCUGGGCACGAGGCGGUGGAGAAUGGCACCGUGUGUCGAGCGUGUGGCUCGGGGUUCUUUAAGUCUUCCCAGGGGGACCACCUGUGUCUCCAGUGUCCCAUCAACAGUCGCACCACCAACGAGGGGGCCACCAACUGUGUGUGCCGCAACGGGUACUAUCGCAGCGACUCGGAUCCCCCGCAGAUACCCUGCACCACCAUCCCCUCCGCGCCCCAGAGUGUAAUCUCGAUCGUGAACGAGACGUCCCUGAGGUUGGAGUGGAGCACGCCACGCGAUGGCGGGGGCCGCGAGGACGUGGUCUACAACAUCAUCUGUAAGAGCUGUGGAGGGGGCCGGGGAGGCUGUACACGCUGCGGGGACAACGUCCAGUUCAUCCCUCGUCAACUGGGCCUGACGGAGACCAGCGUCCACAUCAGUGACCUGCUGGCCCACACGCAGUACACCUUUGAGAUCCAAGCGGUCAACGGGGUCUCCGACCAGAGCCCCUACUCACCACACUACUCCUCAGUCAACAUCACCACCAACCAGGCCGCACCAUCGGCUGUGUCGAUUAUGCACCAGGUGAGCCGGACACCUGACAGCAUCACUCUCUCCUGGUCCCAACCGGACCAGCCCAACGGCCUCAUACUGGACUAUGAGCUGCAGUACUAUGAUAAGAGCAUGGCGGAGUGGAACUCAUCGGUGGUGCGCAGUCAGACUAACACAGCAGUCAUCCGUGGCCUGAAGCCCGGAGCUAUAUACGUCUUCCAGGUACGGGCUCGAACAGUGGCCGGAUUCGGACGCUUCAGCGGAAAGAUGUACUUUCAGACCAUGACCGAAGAGGAGUACAAGUCCAGCUUUCAGGAGAAGCUCCCCCUCAUCAUUGGCUCAGCUGCUGCAGGUGUGGUCUUAAUCAUCGCUGUCGUCGUAUUGGUCAUCGUCUGCAAUCGAAGAAGCUCUGAGAGAACAGAAUCUGAAUACACCGACAAGGUCCAGCACUACACCAGUGGCCACAUGUCUCCAGGAAUGAAGAUCUAUAUUGAUCCCUUCACUUAUGAGGACCCCAACGAGGCAGUGAGGGAGUUUGCCAAAGAGAUUGACACCUCCUGUGUCAAGAUCGAGCAAGUCAUUGGCGCAGGAGAGUUUGGGGAAGUGUGCAGCGGAAACCUGCGUCUCCCUGGGAAGAGAGAGAUCCUAGUGGCCAUUAAGACACUGAAGGUGGGCUACACAGAGCGCCAGAGGCGGGACUUCCUGUCUGAGGCAUCCAUCAUGGGUCAGUUUGACCACCCCAACAUCAUCCACCUGGAGGGCGUGGUUACCAAGAGCGCCCCCGUCAUGAUCAUCACUGAGUUCAUGGAGAACGGAUCGCUGGACUCCUUCCUCAGGCAAAAUGACGGGCAGUUCACGGUGAUCCAGCUGGUGGGCAUGCUACGUGGCAUUGCGGCGGGCAUGAAAUACCUAAAUGACAUGAACUACGUGCACCGGGACCUUGCUGCCCGCAACAUCCUGGUCAAUAGUAACCUGGUGUGUAAGGUGUCUGACUUCGGGCUCUCGCGGUUUCUGGAGGAAGACACAUCAGAUCCCACCUACACCAGCGCCCUGGGAGGGAAGAUCCCUAUCCGAUGGACCGCCCCGGAAGCCAUUCAGUACAGGAAGUUCACCUCCUCCAGUGAUGGGUGGAGCUAUGGCAUCGUCAUGUGGGAGGUGAUGUCAUACGGAGAGAGGCCCUACUGGGACAUGAGUAAUCAAGAUGUGAUCAAUGCCAUAGAGCAGGACUACCGGUUGCCCCCGCCCAUGGACUGUCCUAGUGCCCUGCACCAGCUCAUGCUGGACUGCUGGCAGAAGGACCGCAACAACCGGCCCAAGUUCAGCCAGAUUGUCAACAACCUGGACAAGAUGAUCCGCAACCCCAACAGUCUGAAGGCCAUGACGCCGCUGUCAUCAAGUGUGCACCUACCUCUGCUAGACCGCAGCACGCCUGACUUCUCCAGCUUCAGCACCGUGGAUGAGUGGCUGGAUGCCAUCAGGAUGGGCCAGUACAAGGAGAACUUUGCCAAUGAGGAGUUCACAAGCUUCGAUGUGGUCUCCCAAAUGACCACAGAGGACAUCAUCCGAGUAGGGGUGACGCUAGCAGGCCACCAAAAGAAGAUCCUGAACAGUGUCCAGUCCAUGCGGGCCCAGAUGAACCAGAUCACCUCUGUGGAGGUCUGACCUCUAGACGAGGAGGACACCAGACUAUACCGGACCCCCAGCCUGGUCUCCCUGUCAGACUGUGACCCUCCACCCCCAUCAGACCCCUUUCUCUAGACCAUCCUCCCCUGAGUUCAGUCAACAGUCUGCAGCCCGUACUGUACGGUCAGUCUGGUCAGUUUGCAGCCGUGCUCAGUCCACAACCACCACCCCCUCGUAUGUUAAGUCUGUCUCUAGUGCUGAGCCUACGACGGUGUCCAGACUGUGUCCAGUCUCCGACAGCAGCCUGCCUGUGUUGAGUGCACAGCUGCAGCCCCUCCCAUUGUUUGUAGUAGGAUAUUGUUUACAGUCUAUUAGUUGGAUAUGAUUUCUACUAGUCCCCAGACUGAAACUCAACAACACGACUGCCCUUUAAAAGGGCUAUUAAGAGAAGGUUGGGACCAGACUUCAUAGGACUUUACUCUCAUCUUUCACAGUGAGGUUCUGAGGGUAUCAGCGACUCCAACAAUAUGACCAGUACUCUGAACGGAGUGGAUGGAAAAUCUUGUAGACUACAAUACAGUUCCAUAGACUUUAUGGAUGUAAAAUGAAAUUACUCAUCUUCUGGAAGCAUCAGACUCAGCAUCAGCGUUCUUGUGAAUAAUGCUCUCUUUUGACAAUUUGAAAAUUGUGGAGAUUAUAUUUCUGUUUGCUAUCUACAGUACCUACACUUCUAAUCUCUUGAAAAUACGUUUUGAAAGUAAAAAAAAAAAACUUUGAACACACUACUUCCAACAGCCCAAAAGAACCAUAA